CCAUUGAAUUGGUUGUAAAACACGUGUGCAAGCGAAGACUGGAAGAGACACAGAGAGUCAGAGAGCGAGCGAGCUAAAGAGAGGACUCUUUCUAGACUUGGAAGGAUAGUAUCCAGAGAGAGGAGGAAGAGAUUCCUAUUUCAAUUCAAAUUCAAACAAAUAAAAGUGAGAAAAGAGAACAGAAGGAGAGGCAGGAAGAUCGCCCAUACAUCCAUUGGGCAGAUGGAGGAGAAGAGAUGCAUUAGGAUUCUCUGCCGUAGCAAGCUGAUCCUUUGCAAGGAGGAAACCGGCCUUCAAUGGCUGAUCGGAUCCCCUUCCUUCUUUCCUCCAUUCACUAUCCUUUCCUCCUUCAGAUCUCUCCACUCCCUUCCCCAUGAUGAUCCCUUGUCCCCAGAUCUUCUCAAAGAAGCAGAUGAUCUUAGAUCUCUAUUGUUGAGAGGAUUUGAUAUAAUAGGAGCAUUAUUUAUCAACAACAGAAACUGGGAAGAAAAUGCUCGCAGGGCAGCAGAAGCAUCUUAUAGAAUGAGUGAACUUCUUUAUGGUGUUCAAGGAAAUAGUGAUAUGGUAGGAGCAGCUGCUGAUCCAUUAACUGGUGACAUUCAGUUUUUUGUCUGUGGACCUGGAAAAUCUACAAAUCUAGAAGCCGUUGAUACUAUAAUCUAUGAAGACAACCCUGAAAAGUUUGCGUGGGAAAUUGGUUGCCUCCUUAGAUGUGAAUUGACAAUGAAGUUGCCUAUCUACGUUCCAAUAAAUAAAGCAUUAGAGGCUGGGGAUAUAUUUUCCUCUGCUGUUGAUGCUGCUGCUGCUAAAUUUAAAGAUCCAAAUGCUGCAUAUAUGGUUGAGGGGGUAAAUGAUGUGUCUGAGGAAGGAUUAGAGCCCAUUGUUCUUUGUCAUAAUGACUUAGAUUUCCAGACAGAUCUCUCUGAAGUCAAGCUUAUGAAGAAUGAUUCUAAAGAAUUUGAUGCAAAGAAUAUAUUAUGUUCACACUUUUGCUCUAAGGCCAGACCUCUUUCGACAUUGAUUACAAGGGAGAAUGCAGAUGCAAUACAAAUUACGGUUCUUUUCAACCGAUCAAGAAAUGCUCCAAAAAAUGCUGCACCUUAUGCAGAGUAUUUUCCAGCUUCAGAACCUGCGAGACUUUUAGUUACCAGUUUUAAGCUAGAUGUGCUCUCCUAUGCUUCAAAGGACCUUCCUGUGUCUUCUGCUGUUUCGAAGCUGAUUGUGCCAGGAUUAGUUGACCAGUUAAUUACCAUGAAGAAGGCUAUCUUACCCAGCCUCUCAACCCAACAUCCUCAGCCAUGUCCAUAUCACUUCUUUCCUCCAGGGUUUUUGCAUCCAAUAACGGCUAUCUAUGAACUUGGUUAUGGGGAGACAGAGAUGAAACAAGUCGAAAUCAGAAGAUCUCUACACUUAAGAUUGGGAUUACCCUUGGAUCGUCCUCUUCUUCUCACUGCGAAUGCCCUACAUUUUGGUGUUACAAAAGGAACUACAGGGAUCAACUCAAUAAGAAAUGGUUCUCAUCUGCUUAAAGAUGUCCACACAGAAAUUCCAGGCAGUGGAGUUUCUGGUGGCCUCAACUCUCUGGUUGAAGGUUCCUAUGAAUAUUAUCAUUACCUCCAAGAUGGUUUUGAUGACAGUGGCUGGGGAUGUGCUUAUCGGUCUCUACAAACCAUCAUUUCAUGGUUUAGACUCCAACACUAUACAUCCAUCGAUGUCCCUUCACACAGGGAAAUUCAGCAGGCUCUUGUGGAGAUUGGCGACAAGGAGCCCUCUUUUGUGGGAUCACACGAAUGGAUUGGAGCCAUAGAAUUAAGCUUUGUUUUGGAUAAACUUCUUGGGGUUAGUUGCAAGAUCAUAAAUGUGAGAUCUGGAGAUGAGCUACCUGAGAAAUGUCGAGAACUUGCAAUGCAUUUUGAAACACAAGGAACUCCUGUUAUGAUUGGUGGUGGUGUUCUUGCAUAUACCCUGUUGGGAGUAGACUAUAACGAGACAAGUGGAGACUGCGCUUUUCUCAUCUUAGAUCCCCAUUACACUGGUAACGAUGAGCUCAAGAAAAUUGUAAGUGGUGGGUGGUGUGGUUGGAAAAAGGCUGUUGAUAGCAAGGGUAGGAAUUUCUUUUUGCACGAUAAGUUCUAUAACCUUCUGCUUCCCCAGAGGCCCAACAUGGUCUAAGAUAUCAUGUUAAGGAUUACCGUAGCCUAAUUUUUUUCCUCUGUGUGUGUGUGUGUGUGUGUGUGUGUGUGUGUGUGUGUGUACCAUCAAAUAAAUGUGAGCUGAUCUACAUUGAGGCUUAAGAUGCAUAAUGCUUUUUGGUUUAAUUCCUUAAAAAUGAAGAAAAUAUAUGAAAAUGCCUGAAAAUCAGGAGGGAAACAAGAAUAACUUGUGGGAAGUGAUGACGAAUUGGUCUAAUCAAGGAAAAGAAGGGUGUAGAUGGGUUUGGCUUUUGCAGGGCUCGGAUAUUGAUCAGCCUAAGUUCUGAAGUGUAGGGGAGCCAUCAAAGCCUGUCAUAGUGAUUGACAACAAAGGAAAACUCAUUCCCAUCAAAGUUAUUCAUUUCUUUCUUUAUUUCUUUACUUUUAUUAGUAUUUUAUUUGUUUGUUUGUUUAUUUUGCUCACUGUUGUAUUCAGAUGAAUGGGCAAAGUUCUUCUCCUUUAUUUA